CUACUGUUGACUGUUGAUAAACUAGUGCAACGUCACUUCUCAGCGACAGACCGUUCUCGCACAUGCGCAUUAGCAUUGAGCUUUGUUAUUUCAUUUCACUAUGGCGCUUAGCAAAACGUUUGGACAAAAACCUGUUAAAUUUCAGCUCGAGGAGGAUGGAGACUUUUAUAUGAUCGGAUCGGAGGUGGGAAACUACCUCCGCAUGUUCAGAGGCUCCCUGUAUAAAAGAUAUCCGUCAUUAUGGAGAAAACUGGCAUCGGUAGAAGAGAGGAAGAAGAUAGUGGAGUCGUCACACGAUCACGGCUACACUCAGCUGGCCACCAGUGUGACCCUGCUGAAGGCUUCCGAGGUGGAGGAGAUCCUGGAAGGAAACGAUGAGAAGUACAAAGCUAUCUCCAUCAGCACGGAGCCCCCCGCCUACCUCAGGGAGCAGAAGGGCAAGAGGAACAGUCAGUGGGUCCCCACGCUGCCCAACAGCUCCCACCACCUGGACGCAGUGCCCUGCUCCACCACCAUCAACCGCAGCCGGAGUGGCCGCGACAAGAAGAGGACCUUCCCCCUAUGGUGGAUGCUGUCUGUGGGAUACGACUCGAUCUGCUGUCGGAUGGCGGAGGCGAUGGCGGGGACGAAGGCCAGCGGGUUGAGGUCCAGGUCGUCGCAGAGGAUCUCAGCAAACAUCUCGGGCGUCAUCAGCUUUUCUGGGAAUGUCAAAAAGGCGGAUGGGAACCAGGACUUCAGACUGAGUGGCGUUCUCGUGGAUCACUGCUGGAUCGUGGUCGUCAAAGCUGGCUGCAGCAGAGGGAACACAUCCACUGAGUCCGCAGUGAAGUACAUCCAUAGUGACCAUUGUUUUUGGUUGGUGUUUUGCAGUGAGAACCCCCUCCCCACAGUGGAGAUAGCCAUCAGAAACACAGGCGAUGCCGACCAGUGGUGCCCCCUGCUGGAGACCCUGACAGACGCAGAGAUGGAGAAGAAGAUCAGAGAUCAGGACAGAAACACCAGGCGAAUGAGGCGACUGGCGAACAUGGCGCCUGCGUGGUAGGGCGACGGCGCCCCCUGCAGGAGCUCGUCUUCACUGAGGUUUGGUUCUGUCACGGAACAAACAUCAGCACCAGAGACGUCCCUCCAUCACGCGCUGGAUGUCUUUUCUGCUCUACCGGAUUCUCAGUCAGACAUUCACAUUUUUUAUUUUCAUUAUUGAUGUUAUUACUUUGUUCUUUUUGGCAAAGCCCCCGGUAGAAAACCCCGUCGUGUUCCCCUCAGACCCCCGGUGUGGAGAGGCUGCUCUCUCACUUUGACCACUGACUCUCUUUACCUGACCAGAGGGAGAAAAAAAACCACAGCCAGUCUCAGAUAAUAUAUUGUUAUGUUGUAUUUGUUGUCUUUUUGUACAUUUUAAUAAUUCUUACAAAAAUAAAUAAAAAAGUGUAAGAGCUUGAUUUGACGUCUUGUUAUAUUGUGCAUCAGUUUAAAGAAGCCCUUUAUGCUUUUGGGGUCCUUUCCUACAGUGUGUUAUAUAGGUUUUUGCAGUGGCGAACCGUGUCUUAUCACUACUGUAUGUGAUAGACACUGUCAAACUGUCGGUCUAAACGUACGCUCUCAUUCAGUGCAACGGCCAGGGCUCUGAGCCAAGGC